AUGCAACUAAAACUAAACUAACGAAAGAUUUCCAUGUUUCUUAUAGUUCUGGUCUUCUAGACGCUUAUCUAAUGUCAAUAAGAUGAAAAAGACUAGAUAAAAAGUUAGACUGAGACUCGAACUAGAUCACUGAACUUUAAAUCUUUUACUCCUACAACUAGUUAAUAGAAAAUAAGCUUUAGAAAGAAAUCUCAAUCCACUAAUGGAGCUUAAAUUCAAGAUGUACCUGUAACUUAAACAGUAGAACCUCCUUUGAGAUCGAAAAGAUACAUGUAGCAGACAAUGUCAUACUUUAGCAACAGCACCUGGAGAGUUGAAAGAGAUGGGACUACUAUAUAUCUCUCUGAUAUCGAGUAUUAAAUGCUUAAUUCUGCAGAUUUGAUUUUCGUCAAAGCUACUACAACCAAGAAAGUAACAACUUCAUCAUCCUCCUCCAGGUCCUCAAGACGUAGUAAAUCUAGUGACAUAAGUGAUGUUGCACCAGCAAUGGCUGGAGGUAUUAUCGGUGGAGUAGCGUUUUUUGUCGGAUUUCCAAUGGUAUUAUGUUAUCUCUAGAUGAUGCGUAAAUUUAAUUACAAAGGUGGAAUGCCAUAAAAAGUUUGUGAAUCAACUAAUUGUAAGAGAUUAAAACCCAAACAUGAAUUCACUGACUCAUUGUAUUGGAAAGCUUUACAAAAUGGAGUGAUAUCUGAGACACCUGAUGAAUAAAUCAUGAGAAAAUUAGGAAUUCAGAUGCCAGCUCUUUACGUUCCUGGAGCUUAAAUGUUUGGAGUAAACCCAGGAAUGAUGACUGCAGGCAAUCCUUAAAUGAUGAUGGGAAUGAAUGGCAUGAAUAUGGGUUAAGUUGGCAUUAAUUAAGUUUCCCCUUAUGGUGUCCAGUAAAACUAACAAUUAUAUCAACAUUAAGCAUCCAUGAUGAAUCAGACAGCAGGAUACUAAGUAAACUCAGUUUAAUAUCCUAACACAUCUAUCGAUAAAUCACAUGUAGGGACCAUUCAGACCACUCCAGACAACACAUUCCACAGUGGACUCAACGAUACAAGUGUUAUACCAAUGAACAAACAACUUAAUAAUUGA